AUGACGGGGAGACGGUCUCGGGGAGGUUGUGCGCAAUGUCUACAGCAACAUCGCAAGUGUGACGAGGGCCGGCCCCGCUGUGGCAGAUGUGCACGCCUUAAUAUCAAUUGCGAGUACAAAAAGAAUAUUCGAUGGGUUAAUGGGCCCCACCGCCAUCAGCGGCGAAGACCUCGAGAUUCUCCCCACAGAGAAUCCUGGGAUGACUUGUUGCCAACGACCCCGGAUUUACGGGUCUCGCAUAUCUCUUCUCUCGGAACCCCUUCUGGCUUGUUUGUGGUACAGGAUGAACAUCUUUUGCACCUUACAAAUCGUACAAAUGAAAGGGCAUUAUCAAACGCAACAGGAAGAACACAUGGCAAUGAAGCACCAAGCGACGACGUGAGGAGGAUGCAAACCGGCACAUCUAUCCUCCAAGGUCAGGAUCCCACUACACCAGGUCAACGCCCUGCGGACGAGGAAGAGCCAGUGUUGAAUGAAGCUCGGCCGGUAGAUGGGGAGUUGGUCCGUAUCAGCGAGACUACGCCUUCGUCAUUAGAGUUGCGUGCCUGGGAAACUUCGUUGAACAGGGAUAUAUCCUCCUUUCUCCUCCCAACCGCGGAAGAGAGUAUUGCCUACGUUUCUCCGCUCCGUAGCGAUGAUCAUGUCGGCACGCAGAAUGGCUACCGCCAGCUCGCGAUCCUCGCUCUAUCAACUCCGGUGCUCAUGGGAACAGUCAUCUCUAUCUCGACUACUUAUAUGCAUCUAAGAGGCAGUGCACCCAUGUUCCUUGCUCUCCAGCACCAGUCUCGAGCAUUAGCAACGCUUCGUGACAGUUUAGGCUCCCUAUCGAGUUCGGUCGUAAAAGAAUGCAAUGGGCAUCUCAAACGGGACCUUCUCGCCACCAUACUUCUUCAGAUCACGGUCGAAAUGGCCAGCGGGGGCAGUGGAGCCAAAACUCACAUAGCUUAUGCUUGGAACUUAUUCCGGGAACUCGGUUACGACCGUCGAAAACCCACCUGCUCGAUCGGCACUGUAUUAGUCCAGCGUAUGACGUGGAUUGAUACUAUAAGCUCCAUCUUCUGGCAACGACGUCCUUUCCUACCUCUAUCCUUCUGGUUUUUUAACUACAAUCAAGACUCCCCUAAUGAUGGUGAUUCACAGCCAACCGUCCAGGAGACGACUGGUUGCCCGCAAUGGGUCAUAUCAUUUCUAGCUAGGAUUUCCCACCUGUACGCUGACUACAGCGACGGUCUUCCAUCCUUCCUACUUAUGCCGCAAGCCAAAGAACUCGAAUUGGAUCUCAAUAUGUCAGCUCGAAACUACUUCAACCGCACCACAGCGCCAUAUAAAAAUCUUUCAAACCGACAACGACACCUCGACGUAGUCGGCCAGUGCUUCUACUGGAGCGCCGUCCUCCUCCUCCAACGUCGCAUUUUCCGCGACCGUCGCGAUUCCCCGCGUGUUCAGUCCAGCCUAACUGUGCUAAUCGAGCUUAUGGAAUCGUUACCUAUUGGCUGCGGGCCGGACUCGGCACUAUCUCUGCCAUUGUACCUGGCGGCCCAUGAGGCGAUUGAGCCUGACCAUCGCACUCACAUCAGGAGCAAGAGCCGCCAAUUGACAGCAGAAUAUCCGUCAAAAACGAGGGAGAUAUUAACUCGUGAAUACGAGAUUAUUUGGGCUGACAUCGAUCGGUCCGCGAGUGAGGAUGGGUCCUUGGUUACUACACAUGCAGGGUCGAUGUCUGGUGAGCGUUAUGCUGUACACUACACGUCAUUAAUUUAA